AUGGCUCCUCUCCCCCUCAUUAACCCUCCCUUAGAAAACUCGAGCUUCAACCUAGACAUAUUCAGUAUCGCUGGUUUCUUUGGUGGAGAUGAAGUUCUCGAAUCAAUGUCGACGAUACAUCUGACCAAUGGCCGAAGGUGGAGGGGAUGGUACAAUUCUCCAGGCGCUUACACCGUUGCAAAAUCAAUCGGCCGCAUUGCAAACUCCCAGUUCUGGAGGGGUAUUUUUCCCGGAUCGUGGAAGGAUCCAGCUUCGAGUUUCGGCUUGGAUGGAAAGAAAGGGCCUCAAUAUGUAGCCGUUCUUUCUGGAACGAAGAUGACUUCGGGGUAUAUGGGCCAUUUGCUCGCACAGUAUGUGAAGCAACUCCCAGACGACGUCAAUCUGGUUGAAGAAUCACGAAAGACCAGAAGUACAGCAGUAACCAUCAUCGAUAUCAAGAAUGUCGAACAAUUAGACCACCUAUCGAGCCGAAGUUCAACAUUGCAUCUCCUACUAUCAUACUUCACCAUGAUUAGCAGCGUCGCGUGUGCUAUAUUCUCCCUUAUUCUGUUUAACGACCGGUUCUGUUUCUCUGCCAUUCUUUUGGGCACAAUAAUUGGAGGGUUGUCAACUUGGGUAGUCGGAACAGGCAAGCUGACUCUGCAGACCGUAUUCAAACCCGCUCCUGGAUCUCCUCCAGGUGACGGCGUCCUAAUUGGCGAAGAAUUUACUGUUCUGCGCGGCACAGAAGGUCACGUCAACGCAAUUACCAAAGGCAAAUUCAACCUAGAACUAAGAGGCGGGCCAAAUUAUCAUAUAGUCGGAAUAUGCUCCCUGCUCUACUUGCUCCAAUUCAUUGCACAACUUUUCCUCAUCCCGCAAGGUCAUCUCGCUGGGCAAAUCAUGUUUCUUUGCUCGUUUGCUAUCUCUUGGAUCUACAAUGGUGCAAUCGCUUCCAUCGACAAGGAGGCAAUGCAAACAAACUUGCUUCGUCAAUCCGUGACGAUGGACAUAAAAAAAUAUACUUUACCCAACCGGACGAGGGCGGUAGUCUUCACAUGCCUUUCCCUGCGACGCUCGUUGGAAGAAAUAGAGGAGAAUCCAGUUUACUCCGAUUUUAAUCCAGAGACCCUUCUUGUAACAAUGCUCCCAAACGAUACAAGAGUUUGGCGAAAAUGGAGACAAGUGGUCAAAGACAUUCUUCUUCGAAAACAACCACCGGAGUAUUUUGACGACGCCUUAGACGAAGCUGACGUAGCCGAUCUCCGAGAGGAUCAGCGUAACCUCUUACAAACACUUCUAAAAGACGCAAAGAUUGCACAUAAAAUGUACAACAAUCCUGACGGUAAGUGUACCUCCAAUUGA